AUGGAUCCUCCCCCACCUUCGCCGUCAAGCUCUCGAGAGCCACCCAUGGGUGGCUCUCGAGAUCAACCUCCUGCAAACGACCCAACGUCUUUGCCGGACUCUUCUCAGCCAUCCACUCUUUCUUCGACCAACUCUUCUGUGUCGCAGCAAGCUCCUGCUCCCGCAUCGUCCGCGCAGCAAGCUCCUCCCGCACCGUCCGUAGUCCCUACUGCACCUACCCACAUGGAUUCUGCCACCUCCGUCAGCGCUGCCUCUCAAACUUCCAUGCCAGCCACUACGGAUCUGUCUGCCCUCCCUUUCUAUGGGGUGAAUUUUUCCUCUAGUCGUGUCCCCCGCCCCAUGGAGCUUGUGUCGCCGGCUAUGAUACUUCUGGUUAUUACUGUAGGCUACAUUGUGGGUAUCUUUGAUCGGGAAGAUCAAGUCGACAUGAAUAUUUUGUUUUUGGUCCCUGGAUAUGCCGUUCGGCAAUUCUUUUCGUGGGCAGAGGCUAUUGCCUACUACACGGAACGGUUUAAUGCGGGCGAUGUCCGAAUUGUGCAGCCUGUCCGGCCCCCAGUUCCCACGGUUUCAUCAUUGGCGCCCGCUCCUUCAUCAUCGGCGGCUAUUCCUCCCAGCUCAGAUCCACCACGACGUACUGCACCCACUGCAUCUGCUGCCCAUUCCGCCACUUCUGCAUCGAACAAGGCCCCGGAAUCUCUGGCCUCUACACGCCCUGCAUGUUCCAAUGCCUCUCGAUCAUUGGAGUCUUCGAGGUCUGCAGUAGCUUCAAGUUCAGCAAAGGUAUUGGAUCCCACUGCACGGUUUGGCACAGAACCGAAUCCAAUCCCUAUUGGAUUCGGUUCUCCACUCACGGCUCGUGCAAUUCGUCUGUCACGACAAUAUGUCAGCCCGACACGCAGCUCUACAUCACGCAUCAGGGCUCGUGGAUCUCUUGGUAGUCCUGUUCGGCCCUCCAAAAGGCUCAGGAUCAUUAAGUCCCGGAAGCAUACUACGGAAGGCAAGGCCCCAUCUUGGGAUGAUUCGGACGACGAGGCCCCGGUCAUUAAGUCUCGUCAGAACAAAGGUAAAGCUCCCGUUCGCAACAAUGACAACGAUGUAUUUGGUACAGGAGCUCCUCCCUCGUAUUCUGCUGCAGUAGCAUCAAGCUCGUCAAACCCUCCCCCACUUCAAUCUGAUGCACCCUCCACUUCUUCCGCACCGUCUGAUGCGCCGGUAUCCGCGACGCCUUCAAGUCCUUCGGCAGCACCAACAAGUUCCGGCUGGGGUCAAGUUCCUUCGCGUCCAGCAACUCCUUACCCCCCCUACAGUGAAGAUGACUUCUAUUCGGGUCGCUGGAGCUUCACCAGGGAGGACCAGGCUCUUUUCGAUCGUCUUGGAGAGGUUAUACGUCAUCAAUGGGCUACAGCGGCAACCCCUGCUGAUUGGCCAACUCUUUCGGACGAGGCGCAUGAACGUCGACGGAAUCUUCUCCGUGCAAUUGGGCAGCACAUGGUGGCAUUGUAUCCGAGAAGACCUGAGGCGUCCUCAUCAUCCUCGACUGGGGCAAAUGGGCAUGGAACUGAAAACACAGGUGCAGGCUCUUCUUCACAGAGUCAGCCAGCGGAUACUGAGUCUUCAGUCAUCAUGGACACUUCUGGAGAUGGCAAAGUCUUGGGCAAUGGCUUGGACAGGUCGGGUGAGCCUGGGUCUGGAACUCAGUAG